AAGCUAACAGGAAAAUAAUGUUUCCAGUUCUAGCAUUUAUUUUCCUUUCGAUAAUAGUGUUAUUACUUUUGUACGAUCGGUACCGGAAAACCGGAAGACUUCUGAGCAAGAUACCAGGGCCAAAAAGAUGGCCUUUUAUUGGAAAUUCAUUUCAUUUUUUGUUGCCUUUAGAUGAACUAUUUUUAUUUCUACGGAUAGUGUACAAAAAUUUUGGUGGUCUACAUCAAUUGCAUGCUUUCAAUGCUAGAGCCGUGGGUUUAUAUAAUCCCGAAGAUAUUGAGAAAAUAUUGUCAUCGGUUCGUUACAACUAUAAAGAGGGAGUGUAUCAAUUUCUUAAACCUUGGCUGGGCGAAGGUCUAUUAACAAGUAACGGAAUUAAAUGGCACCAGCGACGUAAGUUGUUAACGCCAACUUUCCACUUCAAUAUUUUAAAGAAAUUUUCGAUUACAUUCACUGAACAAGCUGAAGAGUUUAUGAAAAAAGUAGAGGCGGAGGUCGGCAAUGCACAAACCGAUAUACUGCCCUUGAUAAGCUCUACAACUCUCCGUGUUAUGUGUGAAACGGCUAUGGGAACCUCAAUGAACGAAGGAAUCGAAUCUGUUAUGGAGAAAUAUUUUAAAGCUAUAGAUAUAGUCGGAGAGUCAGUUGUAAAAAGAUUAUGUAGAAUCUGGCUACAUUUUGAAGUCUUCUUCAAAUUGUCAUCAAUUGGACGUAUUCAAAAAGCAGCGUUGUCGGACUUGCAUACAUUUACCAAUAAAAUAAUCAUGGAAAGAAAACAAUUUUUGAAGGAUAUUAAGUCGAAUCAACUGGGAGAUGGUGAAAAUCUAGGCAAGAAAGGAAGACUAGCAAUGCUGGACUUGCUAAUUGAAAAUGAAAAAUUAGGUAACAUUAAUGUCGAAGGGAUUAGAGAAGAGGUCGAUACAUUUAUGUUUGAGGGCCAUGACACAACGGCUAUGGCUUUAUCGUUCCUGAUAAUGGCAAUUGCUAAUGAGCCAGCAGUACAAGAAAAAUUAUAUGAUGAAAUGCAAACUAUUUUUAAAAGCUCUCAACGCCCGGCCAGUAUGCAAGAUCUAAGUGAAAUGUCAUAUCUCGAAUGUUGUAUCAAGGAAUCCUUACGAUUAUAUCCAAGCGUGCCAUUUAUAUCACGAUUUGUUACUGAAGAAUUGAAUCUAAGCGGCUACACAGUUCCGGCAAACACAAACUACCACAUAUUCAUAUAUGAUUUACAUCGUCGCGCGGACCUCUAUCCUGAACCGGAACGUUUUAUACCCGAGAGAUUCCGUCCAGAAAACUGCAUUAACCGACAUCGAUACGCUUUUAUACCCUUCAGCGCGGGACCUAGGAACUGCAUUGGUCAAAAGUUUGCGAUGCUUGAAAUGAAGACACUGGUAUCCAGUUUGAUACGAAGAUUUCGUUUAGAAGCCGUCACAAAGCCAUCUGACAUACAAUACAAAACUGCUCUGGUGCUACGUACUCGUAAUCAGCCAAUAUAUGUACGCUUCCAUCGCAGAUCGAGUUAAGGCAAAAGUUCGGUUAAAAAGCUUGUAAUUGAAGCAAUUUCUUGCGGUAGUUAGUUAGUAUUUAGACGAACAUUACAGAAAAUAAUUAAAAUCUACAAGAUAUGAGAACUAAUUCGGAAUUUGUGAACCUUUCUAAUCCUUACUAAUACUAUAAUGUGAAAGUGUUCUUUGUUUGCCUUUCCUUCACGACCUGUGCCAAAAAUCAACUAA